UCCGGCCACGGCGGAAGUACCCGGCGCGUGACGGAAACCGGAAGCCGGAAGCCAAACAAUCCCCGGAGCAGGGGCCGCGUCGAAUCGGAACGUCCCCUCAGCGCCCGCCCGAGGCGGUGCCGCCGCUAUGUCCGCCAUGGAGAAACACCUCUUUAACCUGAAGUUUGCUGCAAAAGAACUUAGCAGGAAUUCAAAAAAGUGUGACAAAGAAGAAAAGGCUGAAAAGGCUAAAAUAAAGAAGGCAAUCCAAAAGGGUAAUACGGAAGUUGCAAGAAUACAUGCAGAAAAUGCAAUCCGACAGAAGAAUCAAUCAAUCAACUUCUUGCGCAUGAGUGCCAGAGUAGAUGCAGUAGCAGCAAGAGUACAAACUGCAGUAACAAUGGGCAAGGUAACAAAGUCCAUGGCAGGUGUAGUUAAAUCUAUGGAUGCCACACUGAAGAGCAUGAACCUGGAAAAGAUAUCUGCCUUAAUGGACAAAUUUGAGCACCAGUUUGAAACAUUAGAUGUUCAGACGCAACAGAUGGAAGAUACAAUGAGCAACACUACUACACUAACAACGCCACAAAACCAAGUGGAUAUGCUUCUACAGGAAAUGGCAGAUGAAGCGGGUCUUGAUCUGAACAUGGAACUCCCUCAGGGGCAGACAGGUUCUGUUGGCACAAGCGUGGCUUCAGCAGAACAGGAUGAGUUAUCGCAGAGACUGGCCCGCCUACGUGAUCAAGUUUAAGUUAAAGAACAAAAGUUGCGGUUCUCUGUACAUUCUGUCUGUAACAACCCAUCACUACAAUAGGAACAUUUCAUGCAGUCUGUCCUGGAUGUUUAAAUAUUUGUACUAUAAUAUAGUUCACUUCUGGCUUGCUCUCCUUUCUAAAAUACAUUAAGUAAUUCAGAAGUAUCAUACUACUUAAUGUGUUCUUUGUACAGUACAUUUUGAAGUUGGGAGUAUAUUUUUGCAAAUUCUUUUCACCAAAAUGUUGAAAUUCUAAGUCAGCUAAUUUUGGCUUGUUCUUGUUGAAACAGACGGCCAUUAAUAUGUAAUAUUUUAAUUAUGGGGUGGAUUUUUUUAAAUUCUGAAGAAUACAGUUGGAGAAUCUUGUGUGCACUUCAGAUGAUGGUUGCAGUUCACUUCCUUACACAGCAAAAGUCAUGGAACACAGAUGGACAGUGUUGUCUGUGUCUUAAAAUGCCUAUUAAAACAGAUUGUUAGACUUGAGUACAUUUUUGGUGUGCUAAAAAUGCAGUAAUUGUGCUACAGCUUAAUGAUCUCCGUUCAAAAACUGGCUACCAAAAGUGGUCUUCAGAUAAAUCUGAAUUUGUAUGGCAUGAUCGCUCCAGUUGAGGAGAAAUAAAAUAUAUUUUUAUUUUAAACAUCUCUUGAUCCCAUUAGAUAUUGUAGCCAUUUACUUUUCUGGAGUACCUUCUGGAGAAGAAGUUACAAUAUUCAGGUUUCAUCUUGCUCUCUUCCUCCAGCCUCCUGUGGGCUGGGUUACAACAUGGCCUUCAAGCUAAGACAUUCACAUGCUCACUCCUUCCACGGUGGAACUCUUAACAGUCUUUCUUGCUUUGGGAUAUCGUUCAGCAGUCUCUUUCCCCUUCAGAGGUUGAUAGGGAAAUAAAGGCCCAUCAACACAUGGGUUUUAACUGAGGCCCUUACAUUAAGUAACCAAAGCCAGCAUUUCCUCCACCCCUUGCUGCUUCCUACCUCAAGCCUUCCUUAAGACCCUGUCUCUCUCUCUCAAAGGCCUCUUUGUGUUGCUGCAUUUGCCACCUAAGCCUUCUAGGCUAUAAACUCUCUUCCCCAAGUUUACAGGCCCUAGAGCCCUCUCCCCAUCAGAUGCACUCUGUAUGGAAACAACCUACCUGCACUGAAUUGUUGGCCUGCCUUUCUAUUAAAUCCAGUCCCCAUUCCCCUACCUGAAAUAGGGGCACAGGAUAGGUUCCUGAUUUUAAUCUGAUUUGAACAGGAUGGGUCAGUCCCAAUCCUUGAUAUUAAAGGGGCAUACUGACCUACUGUUUCUCGCUCUCAGUGAGCAAAGUGACUAUAUAUUAUAUUGAAUAAAUGCCUGUUGUUCUUGAACUUUCUUCAAUAUGUUUUGCAAAAACAAGGGUUGUAUUCUGCACAUACAUUAAUAUAGUUUGUAAUGUUUUUGUUUAGAUGAAAUAGGGUAAGCUGUCCAUACCUGCACUUAUAUUUGCUUUAAAUAGAGUACUACCGUUGUCGUCAUCACAUUUCUGAGGUUUCCAUGCAGUUUUUAUUUAAGGAAAUAUUUAUGGAAAUGUGUAGUCAAAGCUACUUGUGACAUCCUCUGAUAAACAAUGCAUCAAAACCCUUCUACUUUAAAUUAAAAAUCUCUGCACUUUGGUUCCUAAUUAUAAUAUUGCCUCUUGUUAUAGUGCCACAUCUUCACUGCAGCAGAGAGAGUGAAUUUUUUUUAAAUUUUUUGAUAGUUUUUAGCUAACAUGUUUCAGCUCUCUCACAGCUGUGGUAUUUCUCAUGCAGAAGGAAUAUUUGGAGAAAACUGCCAUAAUCCUGACUUUGCUGUAAAUAUUUAAUAAAUAAAAAAACAUACUGACUCUCUAAUCAGUUAGUGAACGUGUUUGAUUAACGAAAGCAUUCCAGGUAGGUUUAACAUUCAGUGUUCCAACAUGAUGUUCUUUACUCUCAAUGAUUAUAUUUCAGUGAAUACUGUACAUCUCAAAGCAUGUUAUACAAUAACCUGCUGUAAGUCCGAACCAACAGCCUCAGAUCUGCACUGAUGGAAGAGGUUGCUGACUGAGGUAGUUGGACGCAUGCUAUUUUCUUACUCAUGUUAAGAGCCCUCUAGGAUAUGGACAAAUACAUAUGUAAAAGUGUUAAAAAGGGAGAAGGAACUGCUGCAUCAGAAUGUGCAGCAACUGUUCAACUUAUCUGUACAUCAUCCUGUAGCCAUAAGUGAGCUAAGUUGCCUCAGCUUUGGCUUUGGAUAAAGCAGGAUUGAAGUGGAAGCAAUUUUGUUACACUUGAAACUACAGGCUCAUACACGCAUAACAAUUCAAAUCUUAAUAGCUGCUAUAGAUUCCCCUCCUUUUAAAUCCACUGAAAGUAGGUGUUUGUCCAUAUUCCUAGUUACCCAAGUAUAGUGAAUGGAUUAUUUCAUAAAGUCAUAUGAAUUGCCUUCUACACUUCAAGUGUUUUACCCAUCUAAUGACUUCUGAUUUAUUUUGUUUUUGAUAAAGCAUUAAUAUAUUGCAAAUCUAAAUUGUGAACACCUUUUUAAAUACUGCAGUUGGGGAAAAAUAUUUUUAAUUUCAAUUAAUUUUUAAUAUUGAUUGUUACUACUUAAUUUUAAAACAGCUUGUUUUUAGAUAUCGUCAAGCCAGACUGAAUGAGGAGCGACACUUGCAUUUCUAGUAUUGUAUGCAGUUCUGUUAAACAUGUAAACAUCUAUCUUUUUGUAUGGCAUAGCAAGUAAAAAGAAUUGGGUGGAUGGACAACUGGAAUAUAGACUUCUAUCUCCCAGCUCUGUUGUGAUGAAACACCAUUAUUUGGCUGUUCAGGGUUUUGUUUUCCCCAUAUGUAAAAUGAGUUCAGUUCUUUUAAUUGCACCUUCCAUAUACUUAGCACUGAUUAGAGUGUUAAGUUUUUAAUGGGCAGCCUCCAAACAGGCAAGGAUUGAGUACAUAGUAGUCCCUUCAGAAAAAGGUUUCUGGCCAGACAUAAGUGCUUUUAUGCAGCAACCUGUAGUCUAUCCACUACCAAGCUGAAUGGAGGGUGUAAGUUUCUGAAGCUGUUGGGUUUUUUUUGUUUUUUUCCCCCUCCAGAUUUUAUCACCGUGAACUUCAUAUGAGGAAAUGGAAGAUGCAUGGGUUUUCUGAGUUGUAUCUGUAAUAUACCCCCUUUUACUAAUUUCUUGCCAAAUAAGAUCACUUAACUGUGAAAUGGGUUGAAGGCAGACUGUCAGUAGCUGUCUGGUCGCUGAUUCUAGGCCUAUCCUGUGACUAAUUAUUUUACUAACAAAUAUGUCCUGAAGCUAUUGUAAAACUUUGGGCAGAAAAAAGUUUACAGUGCAUAUAAAAAUGAUCCAUCAGA